UUUUAUAUGGGAUCUUAAAGUAGUAAAUUAGUAACAGAAACAUAAAGACACGAACAUGCUAUAAAUUAUAUGAAUUCUGGAGGGUAAAUUCAAUUCUAAAUUUAGAUCUAUGAGCGACAAAUCUGCAAAAAGUAUAAAGGAUAUCGAACAAACAUAAUAAGAAUUUGUUAAUACAUAAUUUAAAUGGAAUUUUGGGGGACAAAAAGUAUUUGUUGCAGGCACCUUCUCCUAAUGGAAGACAACUCAUUAAUUAUAGAGAGAUAAAGGAGGAGAGUUUAACAUUGUGAUACCUUUACCGAAAGGGAUUCAUCAUUAUAAAUUUAUUGUAGAUGGUGAUUGGAGAUUUUCUCCAGAUGAUCCCACAACUGCAGAUGAGCAUGGCAAUAUUAAUAAUGUCAUUGAUACAACUAAAGUUGAAAAUAAAGCCAAAGAUUUUAUGGAAUCAAGUUAAUAAUUUAAACCAGAAAAAUCACCAAAUGACUCUGUUAUUUAGAAUCAAAAAUAAGUUAUUUAAGAUUUUAACUUUAAUGAUAAAGCUCCUCCUGUUCCUCCUCAUUUACUCAAAUACUACUAUAUAGAAGUAACAUUUAAAUACAAAUCAAUAGGAAAAAGAGAAAAAGCUUAACAAUAUGUGGAAUAAAGAUAUUAGACCACAAGGUUAAAUGGAACUUGAAGAUGCAAAACCUUCAAUAUCUUAAUAAGAAAUAUUUGAUCAUCUUAUUUAGAUUUUCAGUAAUGUUAAUUCUUUGUCUCCUCCACCACAUGUAAAUUUAAAUCAUUUAGCAUGUUUAACUACCAACAAAAACAGCCCUUUUAGUGUAUAUGCAUUAACUCAUAGAUUUAAAGCCAAGCAUACAACAAUUAAAUUUUACACUCAUAAAUAUUAAGAAAACAAGCAAUAACUUUUUGUUGUGUGAAAAAUUAUAAAACAA